AUGGCCGCCAAUCCGAUUCUGUGGUUCCAAAAACAAAGGGUCCAUGCUCCUAUCGUGCGACAACCAGUAGCAAAGCUUCUACCUACCAUCAAGCAGAUUGAAAGAAUGAGAAAGACAGAGAAGGAGGCACGAAACCAGUAUUUUCUGGCAGUUUACAUUGUGAUUCUAGCCGUAACCACACUGCUUGGGACGGCUGUCAUGGUCGUCGGACCGAAAUGUCGGCAGUGGUGGCGAUCCUGCUGGCGAUCGCAUAUGUAUGAACGACUUAGAGUGAGUUUUCGGGAAAGCCGCCGCGAGGUUUAUUCGAGGGUGAGCCCCGAGGACGAAGGAGACGACCAAGGUGACGAGGAGUGUCCUGAGAGUUGUGAACGCGCCGUGCAUGUGACAACGCAGCGGCUUUGGACCGCUGGGGCCUUUGCAUGCACCGCAAUCGCCUGCACAGCCACCUGCAUUUACUCUUUGCAGUCCGACCGGCUAGACAAGAAUAGCGGCCUGGACUGA